AUGAAAGUGCUAGAAGCACUUAGGUUGAUUGAGGUAGAAAGGAAAAUUGAGGCAGAGCUUUCACUCGGAGAUUUCUUCACCACCCCUUUCCUCAUCGACGCCGCCUCCGACCGCCGCCUCUCGUACUCCACCUUCCUCCGCCAGGUCGCCUCCCUCUCAUCCUCCCUCAAACCCUUCCUCUCAAGGAACGACGUCGCAUUCGUCCUCUCCCCGCCGUCCCUCCACAUCCCCGUCCUCUAUUUCUCUCUCCUCUCCCUAGGCGUUGUCGUUUCGCCUUCUAACCCCUUAUCCUCCCCGCCGGAGCUCAGCCACCAGGUCCGCCUCUGCAAACCCGCCGUCGCCUUUGCUACCUCCCAAACUGCCACCAAAAUCCCCAAAAAUGUCCCACUAAUUCUCCUCGAUUCGCCGCAAUUCGCCUCGAUGCUCGAAUCGGAUCCCUCGACUGCUCCAAACGACGUCGUCGUGAGCCAAUCGGACGCCGCGGCCAUCCUCUACUCUUCCGGCACCACCGGGAAGGUCAAAGGCGUAGUCCUCACCCACCGGAACCUGAUCGCGGUGAUCGCCGGGAUGUACCACAACAAGGUGGCCGACGACGAAAAAUCGAAGGAAGCCGACGCCGGCGGCGGCCGCAUCCAACCGGUGUCGAUCUUCACGCUGCCGCUGUUCCACGUGUUCGGGUUCUUCAUGCUGAUUAGGGCGGCGGCGCUGGGAGAAAGCGUUGUGAUAAUGGAGAGAUUCGAUUUUGUGAGGAUGUUGGAGGCGGUGGAGAGGUUCAAGGUGACGUACAUACCGGUCUCGCCACCGCUGGUGGUGGCCAUGGCGAAGUCCGAUCUGGUGGAUAAGUACGAUUUGAGGUCACUGCAGACGCUGGGCUGCGGCGGUGCGCCGCUGGGGAAGGAGGUCGCCGAGCGGUUCAGGGAGAAAUUCCCAAGCGUGGAGGUUCACCAGGGCUAUGGAUUGACUGAGAGCGCAGGUGGUGCAACACGAACAGUGGGCCCGGAUGAGGCUAAGCGGUAUGGGUCUGCGGGCCGAUUGUCUGAGAACAUGGAAGCCAAGAUAGUUGACCCGGUGACUGGAGAGGCCCUACCUCCUGGACAUCGUGGAGAACUUUGGCUGCGGGGGCCCACAAUUAUGAAAGGUUAUGCUGGGGAUGAUGAAGCAACAAGUUCAACCUUGGACUCAGAAGGCUGGUUAAAAACCGGUGAUCUUUGUUAUUUCGACCAAGAUGGAUUUAUGUACAUUGUUGAUCGGUUGAAGGAAUUGAUCAAAUACAAGGCGUAUCAGGUUCCUCCAGCCGAACUGGAACAAUUACUUCAAUCAAUUCCGGAAAUAGCUGACGCAGCAGUUAUUCCGUUGCUCCUUAUAAAAGGAUACGACGUCUUGAGUUUCUCGACUCUAUUCCAAAAUCUCCCGCUGGAAAGAUCCUACGGAGGGAGCUGGUCGACCAUGCCAUUUCUAGAACUUUCUCUAAAUUGGGAAUUCAUGUAUUGUGAAGCGCCCUGUGCAAAAGUUAAAACUAGAUGGGACGCUCUCCGUAUUUGUAAAAGAGAAGAUUUUGAAAGAAAAAAGGUAGUUCGAGAAGCCCAGGCUGUGCUAUCGGGUAACUCUGACAGUUUGAGCAAUUCGGAUAGCUCAUCUGGGCAGUAUUGGGCAACAAGGUUAUCAUCUCCGCCGUGGAUAGCUUCAUCUCAAGAGACCAGAUUAUCAAGCCCAACCAGAGGUUUUGAGAGUGUUGGUGAAGCUUGUUGGUGGCCGGGAAGGGCUUUACUGUACGCCGGUGGCGCGUACGAUAUGUCCAAAAUGGACAGGAUAAUGCUCAAGUUCCGGCCGAUUGCUCCCAAACCGGUUUCGGCCGAUGGAUCCGUUUCCGGCGGUUCCAGCAGCGUCUCCGAGAGCGGCCUCGCGCGUGCCAAAACUGGCCGCGUCAAAAGACGGGGCGAGGCCAGAAAAACCCGGAGAAAUAAUUGUAGCAAGAGGAGAAAACCUCCGCCGGAGAAGGCCGAUUCCGGAGGAUCCGUUACCGGCGGCGAGGAGGUUGUGAGAACUCUGCGGCUGCUUCCGGAGGAGCCUUGUGUGAUCGAGAAUCGGAAGGUAGCGCCGCCAGAUCUGAGUUAUCCGCUGUGGUUGAGCUUCGGAGACGGGGGGAUCUCGGCGGAGGUGCAGGGAUCUGUCGUUCAGUCGUGGGUGAAAGUGGAGCGAGUGACGGAGGCGUGGGCGGCGGUGGGGAUGGGGUGGACGGACGAGGAGAAGGUGAUGGUGCUGGACGGGGACACGUGUCCGGGGUUCGUGUCGGACGGGCUGAAUCGGGUGACGUGGACGAACGCGGCUUACCGCCGGAUGGUGGCGGAGGAGGGGGCGGAGGUGGCGGCAUGGGUGGUGGUAGAGCGGGAUGUGACGCUGCCGGUGGGGUGUGCGGGGUUCACGUGCGAGGUCAGGGUUGUCACGUGCGGGGAGAAGAAAGGGAACAAAACGGUACCGUGUGACGUGUGGAGGAUGGACUGCGGGGGAUUUGCAUGGAGACUCGACACUGCCGCCGCUCUCUCGCUUUGGGUCGGCCAUUGA